AUGACAACAACCACUCAAGAGGAGCCGACUGUAGGCCUCCAAAGCUUGGAGUACAACAGAACCACACAAGACGAGCUGAAGUACAUUGCGCGUAGUGCUUCAGCCAUUGCAGAUCUUGUUAUCGUGUCUCGACCCGUGGUGGUGAGGGCUGAUUGCGAUGAUGGCAAACAAGUUUAUCAGCCGCCUCACAUUUGUUUGGACAUUCCCAGUUUCCAUUACUACCAGUACGUCAACGAGCUCUUGCGGUCUGGCCGUUGUAGAUUCGACGAGGCUCUGCGGUGGCUCCGUGCCCUAGAGAAGCAUCACCAACAAAUCUCGCAUAUCUUCCGUGGUUACCUCGAAGACGAGCUGCUGCGCCAAGAUCCGUCUGAUAAAGCAUGUAUCAGCAGCGUCACUCCGGGAGGGGCGCCUAUUCUUUCGAGCAUGUGCCGCUCUCUUGAGAGGCUUCCACAUCCAUCGGUGGAAAAAGCUAUGAGCAUGCUUAGUGUGAACGAGCCAGCCUGGACAACGUUCAUGCAAUUCGUGCCGGCGGAGGAAAGUACGGGUGAUUUUCGAUCCUUGGGCUAUCUUUUCUACGUGUACCAAGUGAUACGACAUGCGUUUGGUAACGGAUCGGAGCAUGAGCCAACGCAACCGGGUUUGUUGAUCAGUAUCGAUGACAGUGCCGAACGGGGAGUAUAUCCUCGAGCGCAAAAGCUGCUCAAAAGAAUACAAGAAUCUAAAGCGUCAGCCUCGCCUGUACUACUGGAAACAUACCUCUGUCGACGCGUCUUCGUCGAUAACAACGCAAACGGAGCCGAGCUGUAUUUCCACGAUCCGCACCCCGGGUCAGUGUACGAAAAGUACAGCAACUAG